AUGAACUCCUGCUGCCUGUCCGUCACUCUGCAGGCUGGGUUUCGGGGGGUAAAAUCUCUGCGAGCUUCUUCUCUGCAGCAGUCGGCCAUGAAGCUCCAGCCUGCCGCUCUGAUCUCCGUCUUCCUCCUCGCUCUGCUCUCAGCUGAGUGCUGGUGCAGGAACGAGGAGGAGCGUCUGAUCAACUUCCUGAUUACAGAGCAAGGAUACAACAAAGAGCUGCGACCCGUAAAGAGGCAGCAGGAUGUCGUCGAUGUUUACCUCGCCCUCACACUCUCCAACCUCAUUUCUCUGAAAGAGGUGGACGAGACUCUGCUGACAAACGUAUGGAUAGAUCAUGAAUGA